AUGAGUACCCCGGAGAACAAGAAGAUCCCAUACGUCCGCCUGGGCAACUCCGGGUUGAAAGUUUCCAAGAUCAUCCUGGGCUGCAUGCAGUACGGCAGCCCCGACUGGCAGAAGUGGGUCCUUGGCGAAGAGGAGGCUAUCAAACAUAUCAAAUAUGCGUAUGAAGCUGGCAUCCAGACGUUCGAUACCGCCGACAUGUACUCGAACGGACUGUCUGAGAUCAUCCUCGGCAAGGCGAUCAAGCAGCUGAAGCUACCUCGCGCUGAGAUUGUCGUCAUGACCAAGCUUUUCAAUCCCAUCAUCCCGGGACAAUGGGGAGCCAAUGUCAGGAUCUCAGGAAAAUCUCCGGAAGACUUCGGUCUUGUAAACCAGCACGGUCUCAGUCGGAAGCACAUCUUCGAGUCCGUGAAAGGCAGCUUGGAGCGCCUGCAACUUGACUACGUUGAUGUAUACCAGUGUCACCGCUUCGAUUACAACACGCCGAUUGAGGAGACAAUGCAGGCCCUUCAUGAUAUCGUCAAGGCUGGCUACGUUCGCUACAUCGGGAUGAGCUCCUGCUACGCCUACCAGCUCCAUGCCAUGCAGAAUUACGCGAUCAAGAACAACCUCACGCCCUUCAUCUCGAUGCAGAACCACUACAGUUUGAUGUACCGCGAAGAGGAGCGCGAGAUGUUCCCCACCUUGAAGAUGUUCGGCGUUGGCUCGAUUCCAUGGUCGCCCCUCGGACGUGGCUUGCUUACUCGCCCACUGGGCGAACAAUCGACGCGAGGCAGCACCGACUGGUUCAUCCCGAACUACAAAGGCACGGGAACCCCCGAGAUUGUGAAACGAGUCGAGGAGGUCGCAAAACAGAAAGGAGUGAGUAUGGCCCAGAUCGCGAUCGCCUGGGUCAUAUCCCGACCCGGCGUGAGCGCACCGAUCGUCGGUAUGACUAGCCUGGACAACCUAAAGGACAUCAUCGGUGGCGUAUAUGUUUCCCUGACGCCGGAAGAGCUGAAGUAUCUCGAGGAGCCGUAUCAACCUCAAACCAUCCUUGGGCAUGUAUGA